ACGGGGGGCUGAUUGCGCUUGCGCACGGGGCAUUUCUUGGACCUUCGCAGGCGUUUAAAGAGGAGUGCGCAUGCGUGUUGCCUUGGGAGGCCGGCUGGCGUCCUGCGUCAAUAAAUACAAACAAACAAACAAAAAAAACCUCCCCAAAAGAGUGAGAGAGUUGGGUGCCGGCGAGGGCGAUGCACCUGAAGGGGACGACAUGCGAGCUGCGUUGACUUGGAGGGAUAAGGUCGAGCAGUGUAUCUACGACCUUGCCUUUAAGCCUGAUGGAACACAACUAAUAAUUGCAUCUGGAAACAGAUUACUGGUGUAUGAUACAUCUGAUGGAACAUUAAUCCAGCCCUUGAAAGCUCAUAAGGAUACAGUAUAUUGCGUAGCAUAUGCAAAAGAUGGAAAACGCUUUGCAUCAGGAGCUGCAGACAAAACUGUCAUAAUCUGGACUUCAAAGUUAGAAGGUAUCCUGAAAUACACGCACAAUGAUUCUAUACAAUGUGUGUCUUAUAAUCCUGUUACACAUCAACUUGCAUCCUGCUCUUCAAGUGAUUUUGGACUGUGGUCUCCUGAACAGAAAUCAGUCAACAAACAUAAAGUUAGCAAUAAGAUCACUUGUUGUAGUUGGACAAAUGAUGGACAGUAUCUCGCUUUGGGGUUGUACAAUGGUAUUGUCAGCAUUAGGAAUAAAAAUGGUGAAGAGAAAGUCAAAAUUGAACGACCAGGAGGAUCUUUAUCUCCAGUUUGGUCUAUUUCUUGGAAUCCAUCAAGAGAUGAGCAUAAUGAUAUUUUAGCUGUGGCAGAUUGGGGACAAAGGCUUUCUUUUUAUCAACUAAGUGGCAAGCAAAUUGGAAAAGACAGAGUCCUGAACUUUGAUCCAUGUUGUGUCAGCUAUUUUUCAAAAGGAGAAUACAUCUUAAUGGGAGGCUCUGACAAGCAAGUGUCCCUUUAUACGAAGGAUGGAGUGCGUCUUGGCACCAUAGGUGAACAGAGCACUUGGGUGUGGACUUGUAAAGCUAAGCCCGAUUCCAAUUAUGUGGCGGUAGGAACCCAGGAUGGAACCAUUUCACUGUAUCAGUUGAUUUUCAGCACAGUUCAUGGCCUUUAUAAGGAUCGCUAUGCUUACAGAGACAGCAUGACAGAUGUUAUUGUCCAACAUCUUAUCACUGAACAAAAAGUUAGAAUAAAAAACCGAGAGCUUGUAAAAAAAAUAGCAAUCUACAAGAACAGAUUAGCAAUCCAAUUACCUGAGAAAAUCCAGAUUUUUGAACUGUAUUCCGAUGAUUCAUCAGACAUGCACUACCGAGUGAAGGAAAAGAUAGCAAAAAAAUUUGAAUGUAACUUACUAGUUGUCUGUUCUGAACACAUUAUCUUAUGCCAGGAAAAGAGACUCCAGUGUCUGUCUUUCAGUGGUACAAAAGAACGGGAAUGGGUGAUGGAAUCUCUCAUUCGAUAUAUAAAAGUAAUUGGAGGACCUCCAGGCAGAGAAGGCCUUUUAGUGGGUUUAAAGAAUGGUCAGAUUCUCAAGAUCUUUGUGGACAAUCCAUUUGCAAUUGUUUUGCUAAAACAAUCUACAGCCGUGCGUUGCCUGGAUAUGAGUGCGUCUCGAAACAAACUGGCAGUAGUUGAUGAAAAUGAUACCUGUCUGGUCUAUGAUAUUAACACCAAAGAAUUACUGUUUCAGGAACCCAAUGCUAACAGUGUGGCUUGGAACACACAGUGUGAGGACAUGCUUUGUUUCUCUGGAGGGGGAUAUCUCAAUAUCAAAGCUAGUAAUUUUCCUGUCCAUCAACAAAAACUUCAGGGAUUUGUAGUGGGAUAUAAUGGCUCCAAAAUUUUUUGUCUUCAUGUUUUUUCUAUGACUGCUGUUGAAGUUCCCCAGUCAGCACCUAUGUAUCAAUACUUGGAAAGAAAAAUGUUCAAAGAAGCCUAUAAGAUUGCUUGUUUAGGUGUAACUGAUACAGAUUGGAAAGAACUGGCUAUGGAGGCUUUAGAAGGACUUGAAUUUGAAACAGCCAAAAAGGCGUUUACCAGAAUGCGAGAUCUUCAGUAUCUAGAACUGAUAAGCAGCAUUGAGGAAAGGAAGAAGCAUGGUGAGAACAACAAUGAUCUGUUUCUAGCAGAGAUUUAUGCCUACCAAGGAAAGUUCCAUGAGGCAGCCAAGUUGUACAAAAGAAGUAGCCAUGAAAACCUAGCACUUGAUAUGUAUACAGACUUGCGCAUGUUUGACUAUGCAAAGGAAUUCCUUGGGUCUGGGGACCCCAAAGAUACAAAGAUGCUAAUCACAAAGCAAGCAGACUGGGCCAAGAACAUCAAUGAACCAAAAGCAGCAGUAGAGAUGUAUAUGACUGCGGGGGAGCAUUUGAAGGCCAUAGAAAUCAGCGGAGAUCAAGGCUGGGUUGAUGUAUUGAUUGAUAUUGCUCGAAAGCUGGAUAAAGCAGAACGAGAACCUUUGACGAAGUGUGCCUAUUAUUUUAAAAAGUUAUUGAACCAUGGGUAUGCUGCAGAAACCUAUAUCAAGAUUGGUGAUCUGAAGGCCUUGACACAGCUUUAUGUGGAAACUCAGCAAUGGGAUGAGGCUUUUGCUUUGUGUGAAAAGCACCUUGAAUUUAAAGAUGAUGUCUAUGUUCCAUAUGCUCAGUGGCUGGCAGAAAAUGAUAGAUUUGAAGAAGCUCAAAAAGCAUUCCAUAAAGCUGGCAGACAGACUGAAGCUGUUAAAGUGUUGGAACAAUUAACUCACAAUGCUGUGGUAGAAAGCCGAUUCAAUGACGCAGGAUAUUAUUACUGGAUGUUGUCCAUGCAGUGUUUAGAUAUAGCUCAAGACAAUGAGGAGCAGAAGACUGAAAUGUUAAAGAAGUUUCACCACUUCCAGCACUUGGCAGAACUGUAUCAUGCCUAUCACUUCAUCCACAAAUGCACUGAAGAACCCUUCAACCACUACUUACCUGAAACACUCUUCAAUGUGUCUAGGUUUUUACUUCAUAGCCUUACCAAGGAAACUCCUUUGGGAAUUUCUAAAGUCAAUACGCUAUUUGCUCUGGCAAAGCAGAGCAAAGCUCUGGGUGCCUAUAAAUUGGCUCGUCAUGCCUACGACAAGUUGCAGGGACUACAGAUCCCAGCCAGAUUUCAAAAAUCUGUUGAACUGGGAAGCUUGAUGAUCCGAUCCAAGCCUUUCCAUGACAGCGAAGAGCUUGUGCCUUUAUGUUACAGGUGCUCCACCCACAACCCCUUACUGAACAACCUGGGGAAUGUCUGCAUUAAUUGCAGGCAACCUUUUGUCUUUGCUGCUUCUUCUUAUGAUGUCUUGCAUCUGGUUGAAUUCUACUUAGAAGAUGGAAUAACUGAUGAAGAAGCUGUUGCUCUGAUUGAUCUAGAAGUACCCAGACUAAACAAAAUAGGCAGUGAAUGGCAAGAGCAGAUGAGUAAUGGUGUGCAAACAAUGAGACUUCUUUAUAAAGUGGAUGAGAUUGAGGAAGAUGACCCAUUUACAGCAAAAUUGAGCUUUGAGCAAGGGGGCUCUGAAUUUGUCCCUGUCAUAGUGAACCGUGCAAUUCUCAAAUCCAUGAGCAGGAGAGAUGUGCUGAUUAAACGCUGGUCAAAGCCAUUACAAUGGCAGUACUUCCGGUCUCUCCUUCCAGACAAUCCCAUUACCAUGUGUUCUUUCUGCUUUCAGAUGUUUCAUUCAGAAGAUUAUGAGCUCCUGGUGCUCCAGCAUAAUUGUUGCCCAUAUUGUCGGAGAAAAAUAGAUGAAUCCAGCUAAUAAAGGAAACAACAAGACUGUUUGGCAGAGAGUAGUUCUGCUGCUGAGACUCCAAAGCAUUUCUAAGUUCAUUAGAAUUUCUUAGUAGUCUGUUAUUGUUGUUUUUAAGAAUGGGUGGAUGUGCAGAAAGAAAAUUAUACAUGAAGAUAAAAAUAUAUAUUUUCCUAUUCAUUGUGAAAGAGAAUCUAAAUAUCAAGUUUUGUUUUGCUCCUCAAAGAAAUGUAUGUAUAUAUAUAU